AUGGGCGGUUUCCUCCAGUUCUCACCGGCUUCCCAUGGCAGCUUGGGACAUCCAGAGCUUUGCCAGCGGCCUUGCGUGUACAUCGCGAAGGGUGGCUCUUGCUUUCAUGGGGCUGCGUGCCGUUUCUGCCACGACACGCACUGCAAAGCCUCGUUGAAGAUGGAAAAAGCCCAACGUGAACUCAUGCAAGCCAUGCGGGAGGAAGAUGUGAGGACUCUCCUUUUCCCUCACAUCCAGAGAAGGCUUCAGAAGCUCGAGCUGACAGAGAAGGCGGCAAGUCUCUUGCACAUGUUCGGGCAGGAAGUCCACUCGGAUGAGCAACACACCUUCAAGGACGUUAAGCGGCGUGACCUGAGCAAGCUCAGCCGAUUCCUAGCUCGGCUACCUUUGCUUCCACUCGACAUGCUCCCACGCACGGAGGAAUGCUGCUUCCGCAACCUGAUCCAGAGGUUCGAGGCCGGGGUGCAGAUCCUGUCCGCAGAAGAGAACCCGUGCCCGGGGGGACAGCCGAAUCGCUUCCCGUCCGGCCUGGAGAAGAGCUACUCCAUCGUCGGAAAGAACAAGCUGGAUUCCAUCUGGGAUACCGAGAAGCUGCGCGAGGCUUUGGCUUCUGAGGAGCAGUGGAAAAUCGGCCAGCCAUGGCUUCUCAAGGCCACCUUCACCAACAACGGCCAAACCAGCCGCAGAUUUGGCUUUCAGGGCGGCGAGGACAAAGGUUUCUUGGACAUCGUCGUUCCUGCUGGCUGCGUAGACUGCGAGCUGAGCACGCAGGCCAGAGUCUUGUCUUCGGCCAAGCACACAGAGUUCCAGUACAGGGACGACAAGCCCUUCACUAGCGGCGAGGUGACCAUGACCAGCAUCUGCCUGACCCCCCAGGUGUGCAAGGGCUUCAAAUGCCCUCACCCGCUUACCCAGAAGCUCAAGAGCAACGAGACUUUCGGCUGGUCGGAGAGCGCUUGCUGCGAGCCGAGGUUCUGCAAGGAUGAAGUCACCUGCUCGCCAACCAGCCAAUGGGCGCCACGCGCGGACUUCGACACCCGCCAUGGUUCCACCCCGCAGGCUUGCUGUACGGCUAAGCUUUGCCCCUCGGACUUCUGCGACAACAUCACGGGUUGGGAGAAGCACCCGGCAACGGGCCUCAAAGGAAGCACCAAGGAGGAAUGCUGCAUCCAGAAGGAGUGCAUCGACUGGUCUUGCUCCGACGUCACCAUCAUGACGAAGAAGACCAUGACCGUCACCGACCAGCUCACGGGCAAGAACGUGACCCGCAAGGGCUGGAGCGAUGUGGAGUGCUGCGAGGAGCACCACUGCGACGAGUUCAAGAUCCCGAAGGAAAUGCAGAGCCUUUGGAAGCUCAAGGACAAGGCUUCCUCUAUCCGCGGCGUCCACCUGAAAGACUGCUGUGAGCCCAAGCUCUGCUCGGACUUCAGCUGCCCUAACACCACCAAGACGAAGCCCAAGGCGCCUUCGGAUCAGGAUGGGGUGCUGGCAGGCUCCACCGAGGAGGAGUGCUGUGAGCCCUUGUACUGCAGCGCCUACGAGUGCAAGAGUGACAAGAAGCAGAAAAAGGUGAAACCCGAAGAGCGCCGCGGCUCCACGGACGAGGAGUGCUGUGAAGACAAGUUCUGCAAAGACUACAAGUGCUCCGACCCCACCAAGUGGAUCCAUUUCUCGGACCAGCUUGGCCCAAGCAACAUCGACCGCCGGGGCAGCUCCGACGAGGAAUGCUGCGAGAAGCUUAUCUGCCGGCCUGAGAUCUGCAAUCCCAGCACCAUGUGGAAGGGAAAGGACGGUCUGGAGACCCUCCAGGGUAGCACCAUGGCCCAAUGCUGCGAGCCCAUCUACUGUGGGAACUUCACCUGCGACACCGACGACGAUGGCGACGGUGACGGAACCAUGUGGUACAAGAAGGUGGACACGAAUGCGUACAAGUGGCAGGGAAGCACCAACGAGGAGUGCUGCGUGCCGAAGUACUGCAGCCAGUACACCACCUCCACCCCCACGCAGUGGAAGAGGAAGCCCCAGAAGAACGCCCAGGGAAGCACCGAUGUAGAAUGCUAUGACCAGCUGUGGUGCUCUGACUACUGCUGCGUUGGAGCCGGUUGGGUGAAGAAGCCAGAGGCAGGAACUCGCCCUGGAAGCACGGAUGCCGAGUGCUGCACUCCGGGAAGCGAAGCCGAAGACUUGCCGGACCUGCACACCAAGAAGGUGCGCUGA